AUGGCUUUCAAACCUUGGACCGAGACAAAGACACCUCGUCAUGUGAUUGAUGAUUUGGACGAUGACUUCACCACCGAUGUUGAUUUACCUUCGGUUGAGAUUGUUGGUCAAUUGGACACGUUACACGGCUCGUUGGUUAUUGUAUCUGAUAACUUGAAGAUAUAUAACGAUAUAUUGCUGAAGCAUUAUGGGAAGCCAGUUGUAAAUGCGUCAAUUGUCGUUAGAAAGAAGUUUAUACAGAGACUGGAUACUGAUGAGUAUAUUGAAAGUGAACAGCUUUAUUCAACCUCUGGUGAGGUCACGUACGAGGAGGCUGUAUCUGCAACUGUUGAUAUUGUUUCUUAUCCAGAGCUGAAUCUCAUUGUGAUGCCCAAGUUUGGGCUCGAUAAGGUCAACUAUAACUUGAUUGCCCAAUUACUCUUGAACGAGGUCAAGAUCCCUAUCAUCAGCAUAUCACCGGGUCAAAUACCUUAUUCGGAUACUGUUUGCUCACUUGGCGACACUCCAGAGACACUGGAGUUCCCUGGUCUGGUUCCACCUUUCGUAAUUACUGGAAUUUCAGGCUCAAUAUUGAGCUAUUCCAAGGCUCUGAACAUUCCACAUAACUACGUCUUAAUCCUACAGAGCGAGGGAGUCCCAGGAUUUGAAAAGAUCAACCAGCAGUCCAUAGUGCAAGUGGCUAAGUUCCUGAAAGCGAAGUUUAGCUUGUACGACAAGUUUGACCAAGACUGUGACAAGUCUCUCAGCUAUGGCAAAGCCGUGAACAAUCUGGGACUCUACUUAUGA